AUGUUGGUAAAAAACGCGCGGCGAUUCGCAUUGGGCGCGCGUAGCCGGGGCCGCGUGAAUGGACGGCGACAACAACAGGCGGGCGCUCCGCGCGGCCCGACCAUUGAUAUAUCUCCAUUCAGCUACCGGAAACGCGAAGCGGCCGGCGCGCCGUCGGGCGACGGUGACCGGCGCAGGAUAGCGUCCGCGUAUCCGCCGCGUAUCCACCGCUGCGCUGGGACGCGCUGCUUUGCGCAUCAGAACCGGAGGCUGCCUACUCGUUCUAGAACGCUCGCGAGCGCGUUCAACGAGUGCCCGCCUAUGAGUAAUAGUCGUGUUGGCGAGGCCGCGGAAUGCGGGACAUCUCAGCCGGCCCGGACAUCCGGGUCCGCCGACGUAGAGCGGCGCGGCGAUGGGCGCACGUGGACCUCGCGUGUCCGACGCCGCGCAGUGACGCCAAUCAUCCCGCAGAGUCAGACGGGCGGCUCUAUUUGCAGUGAAAGUGCACUGAGUCACGCUCCUCGCCGGAAA